AUGCCUCUCGGAAAGUUGGAGUGUUUUCGUGUCGGGUCAGACUGGGAUGCUUACGUGCGCCGGGUUAAGCAAUUCAUCGCGUUAAACGAGAUUGACGACACAUUACACGUGGCGUCACUAGUAACUUUAGUCGGUGCAGAGUGUUAUGAGCUUAUGUGUGAUUUGUGUGCACCUGCUAAACCCGAGGACAAAACAUUCGCCGACUUAGUCAAGCUAGUAAGUGAGCAUUUGGAACCCGAGAGAUCGGAAAUAGCGGAACGACACAUCUUCCGUCAGAGAAAGCAGCUACACGGUGAAGGUAUACGCGAAUAUCUACAGAAUUUAAAACAUUUGGCCAAAACAUGUAACUUCGGUGCACAGCUAGAGAUCAACCUUCGCGAUCAAUUCGUGUCGGGGCUGCUGAGCGAUGAGAUGAGGUCGAGGCUAUUUGCCGUACGGGCCAUCGACUACAAGCGCGCCGUGGAGCUUGCUCUGGCGCUGGAGGCAGCAGAGAAGCACGCGGCGGUAUCGGUAGGCGCUCCGGCGGGCGCAGCGGCGGGCACUUCGGCGUCGGCGUCGGCGUCGCCGGACGACGGGCUGCAUCGCGUGGGGGCGGCGCGGCGGCGGCGCGCGGGCCCGGCGGCGGCGACGACGGCCGCGCCGAGGGCGCCGUGCGCGCGCUGCGGCAAGACCGGUCACGCGGAGGGCAGAUGUCGGUACAAACAUUUUUCAUGCGACGCGUGCGGUGAAAAGGGCCAUUUGAAAGUGAUGUGCAGAAACGAGGUAUCUAAAAAGUCAUCAAAAGGCGAGGACCCGAUGGCAGAAUCUCUUAAGCAAGAGUUUCCCGAAGUGUUCGCUGGGGGGUUAGGCACGUUCAGGUCGCGACUGCAGCUCCGCCUCGAGGACGACACGCCGGUGUUCGUUAAGGCGCGGGCGCUACCGUUGGCGCUUCGCGAGCGCGUAGAACGGGAGCUCGAUCGCUUACAGCGGGAGGGGGUUAUUUAUAAAGUCGACAGAUCGGAAUAUGGGACCCCUAUAGUGCCUGUAAUAAAAGCAAACGGCACCAUACGUAUCUGUGGUGACUAUAAAAUAACAAUAAAUCCGCGAUUAAAAGAUUUUCAUUACCCGCUGCCGCGGAUCGAGGACCUGUUUGCCCUUUUGGGUGGAGGCGAGCAGUAUACGAAACUGGACCUGUCUAACGCCUUUCAACAAUGUGUUUUGGAAGAGGAGUCACAGCCGAUGACGGCCAUAACCACUCACGUUGGUACCUUUGUAUACAAACGCGUCCCGUUCGGAAUAAAGUGUAUUCCCGAAAACUUUCAAAAGAUCAUGGAGGAGACGUUGAGUGGUUUGCCAUCGACGGCCGUGUUCGCCGACGAUAUCUGUGUAACGGGGAAAGACACGGCAACCAGCCCUUACGGCCUGGGCGCGGCCCUGACUCAACGGGGCGCGGAUGGCGUGGAGCGACCUCUGUGCUGCGCUUCGCGCACACUGAACGCCGCCGAGUGCAACUACUCGCAACUCGACAAGGAGGCGCUGGCGAUCGUGUUUGGAGUCACUAAGCACCACCAAGCGUAA